AUGCUGCAGUCGACACCUCAGUUUACUAUUAGCUCGCAGCUUCCUCGCUCUGGGUUUCAGGAAAGCAGUUCACAGCUCGUCCCGCCGCCGCCCCGCCCUGCCUCUGCCUCUUCUUCCUCCUCCUUCUCCGCCCUCCACAGAUCGUUCCUGAGGAAAUCUCGAGCUGUGAAAGAUGCACUUCCGUUGCGGCGAAUGCUUCCCUUCGCCCUCCUAGUCCUUCUCGCGGUGCUGCUUGUGACCUUUUUACUCAGAGUGGGAACAGUUACUUCCUCUUCUUCGUUUGUGAACAUGUAUGGAGGCUCUGCUGUUUGGGAAACCGACCGCUCGCUGGUGAUACAUCUCAAAUCCGAGCUGAAGUUGCCGAAACAGAGCAUCCUGUCCAUGUCCUUGGAUCAGAGGAACAAAUUGCCCCCCAGGAACAUGGAUCGUUUUCCAAACCUGGCCAAGGAUCACACAAAGAUCGUCCUUUACGUGCACAACCGCCCCCAGUACCUCCGGUUGGUAGUAAGCAGCCUCGCGGCUGUGGAGGGGAUCAGCGAGACAAUGCUGAUCGUCAGCCACGAUGGCUACUUCGCCGAGAUGGACAGGAUCGUUCAGGACAUCCGGUUCUGCCAGGCCAAGCAGAUCUUUGCGCCCUACUCUCCGCACUUAUUCCCCGAUGGCUUUCCGGGCGUCUCGCCUGGUGAUUGCCACGAUAAGGAUGACCCCAUCGUGACCAAGUGUAAUGGGACAGCUGACCAAUAUGGUAACCACAGGUCACCAAGGACCGUCUCAUUGAAGCAUCACUGGUGGUGGAUGAUGAAUACUGUGUGGGAUGGUAUGGAGGAAACCAAGGGAUUCUCUGGUCACAUUCUUUUCAUUGAAGAGGACCAUUAUAUCUAUCCGAAUGCUUACCGGAACCUUCAGUUGCUUAUAGGAUUGAAGCCCAUGAAAUGCCCUGAGUGUUAUGCUGCCAACUUGUCACCCAUGGAUGUGAACUCCAUCGGAGAAGGCUGGGAUAUGCUGGUUGCUGAGAAAAUGGGCAAUGUGGGUUAUUCCUUUAAUCGGACUGUUUGGAGGAAGAUCCAUACAAAAGCAAAGGAGUUUUGCUCAUUUGAUGAGUAUAACUGGGACAUAACUAUGUGGGCUACUGUCUAUCCAUCAUUUGGGACCCCGGUUUACACUCUGAGAGGUCCUAGGAGAAGUGCUGCACAUUUUGGUAAAUGUGGGCUGCAUCAGGGACGAGGGAAGAGUAGUUCAUGCAUCGAUAAUGGGGAAGCAAGAUUUCAACUAGAUGAAAUUGACAAGAUUCUUUACAUAAAACCUGAUUGGAAGGUGCAUGUUGUCAAGAAGCAAAGUGGUUACCAAGCAGGUUUUAAAGGUUGGGGAGGCUGGGGCGAUGAGAGAGACCGAGAGCUUUGUUUGAGUUUUGCAUACAUGUAUCAUGAUGUGCAAAUAUCAUCAGGUUGAGGAAAGGUUGUAUGGCACCAUGCUAUUUUUCAAGCUCUUGAGAGCAUCAUGCUAUCACCAUACUGUACCUGAUCUAUACACUGCCAUUGAGGUACAGGAUAUCAUGGUCUGUACCACUGAAAAAUUAUUUUACAUCUAUCUUUUCAAGAAAUUAAUUAUUUUCCUCUUGUUGUGCAA